AUGUUGGCCAUUCUCAAAGCCGGCGGAGCCUUUUGUCCUCUGCAUCUAGACGCACCUCCUGAGAGGGUCCGGUUCAUUCUCCAGGACGUAUCGGCAAAAGUUGUUCUUGUCACUAGGGACUUGGUAUCAAAGAUUCCCCAAGACGACGCAGGAAGGGUUGUCAUAGUAGUGGACGAGGAGGCCACUGAUAAUUCGACUUCAUUACCGAGUCUCACGGCGCGGCCAAUCGAGCCUCAACAUCUUUCCUAUGUCAUGUACACAUCUGGGUCAACCGGCACGCCGAAAGGUGUUGGAGUCUCGCACGAUGCUGCAACUCAGAGCCUCCUUGCUCACAAUCGGCAUAUUCCAAGUUUCAGGCGCUUCCUCCAAUUUGCCUCGCCGACAUUCGAUGUAUCAGUAUUUGAGAUAUUCUUCCCCCUUCUUCGUGGAUCAACAUUAGUUACGUGCGAUCGUGGCCACAUGCUAAACGAUCUGCCUGCCAUCAUCAGGACUUUGCAGGUCGAUGCAUGCGAGUUAACGCCUACUGUCGCUGGCAGUCUUCUCCGCUCCCGGCAGAACGCUCCUUGUUUGAAACUUCUCCUCACGAUUGGUGAGAUGUUGACAGAGUCUGUUGUCCGUGAAUUUGGCGGCAGCGAGGUAUCAGAUAGCAUGUUAUGGGGCAUGUAUGGCCCGACCGAGGCUGCAAUCCACUGCACACUCAAACCAAGAUACCCUACGGAUUGUCCCUCUUCGAAUAUUGGUUUCCCUCUAGACUCUGUCUCGUGCUUCAUCGUUGCCAUCCCCGAUGAUGGGAGCCCAUACAACUUCAAUGUACUCCCAGUAGGCGAACCCGGCGAGCUUGUUGUCGGAGGGUACCAACUCGCCAAUGGUUACCUCAACAGACCAGAACAAACGAAUGCAGUAUUUCUCGAUUCCCCUUACGGCCGCGUCUAUCGCACUGGAGACAUGGCCAUCAUGAACUCUGAUGGUACGAUGGAAUGCCUUGGGAGGAUAUCCGACGGGCAGGUCAAGCUACGCGGACAAAGAAUCGAACUCGGCGAAGUGGAGCAAGCGGCAAUGCGAUCUGCCGGGUGCCACAGUGCUGUUGCUAUGGUUCAUGGGGGAAUUCUCGUUGCAUUCUGCGCCAUUGACAACGAAUCGGCUCCAGGAGAUCAUGUGGAAGACAUUCUCAACACUUGUCGUACGUGGCUCCCGUCUUUCAUGGUUCCUGGUGAUAUCGUCAUCAUGAGAAGUUUCCCACGUUUGCCCUCGGGAAAGGUGGACCGGAAACGGCUCACGAACGAAUACACGACGACAACAGCAUCACAGCCCGCAGUUCAGUUUGAAGCGGCUAGUCCACUGGAACGAGAGGUGUUAUCAAUUGUAUCAAGCUUUCUCGAAUUUCACAUUUCUUCAUCGGCUUCGCUUGCAUCCGCAGGCAUUGAUUCUCUCAAGGCUAUUAGACUUGCUUCGGUAUUACGAGAAGCCGGGUUCCAGGUAUCGGCAACGGAUAUUCUCAAUUCCAAGACUCUGUCGGCCCUGAUCGCCUCACUUCGAGAGACGACCUCCUCAGUCUCAGCAAUUGAUCAAGCAGACCAUGCGGUUGAUCUUCAAGACCCUUGUGAGAUACAUCUUCGCCAAGUGCUCGAGCAGCGGGCAGACCUUGCUUCAUUGAAAGACAAGAUUGCAUGCCUUCACAUGUGUACACCACUGCAAAAUUCAAUGCUUGCCGAAACGUCGAGCAAUCCCCAAGCAUAUUGCAACUGGAUCAAGCUUGAGUUUCCUGCAAAGACUACGGCGCAGGAAGUGUUGCAGUGGACGCACCAGAUUGUGCAGAACAAUGAGAUAUUACGGUCAGGUUUUGUGUCAUCUGAUCGCGGGUUUGCACAAAUUAUCCAUAGUCAGCUCUCCGAGUCUUCCGUUCAAAUUGUAUCUCAUUUCGACGAGAGUUUUUGUCUGGCUUCCGAUGAGAGCUACCUGCGUCCUUUCAGAGUCCAAAUUCGAGAACGUCAGCAAGGAAUUGGGCCAAUUGGACUCUUCCAGAUACAUCACGCCCUCUACGACGGAUGGUCGGCCGACAUGUUGAUCGAAGACUUUUCCACUCUAGCCGCCAGUGGAGUCCCAAAGACUAGACCAAAAUUCUAUGAUGUCUCUAGAUUCUACGCGGAGCCAGCUACCAGAGGUCUGAUGGAUGAGGCGCGUGUAUUCUGGGCGGACCAUUUGCUUGGCUGGCAACGACACAACCUACCGCGCCUCAUGGGGCGCCCUCCCGAUACCGUCGAGAUUCGUACUACAAGCAGGGCACUGGAAAUCCCACAGAACGUCCUGAAUCAGGCCGCUUCGCGGUUCCGGUGCCACCCUCAAGUUUUCUUCCAAGCUGCUUCGCUGUGGCUCUGGGGCGGACUACAAGGACAGACCGACGUCGUUAUCGGCUCAGUGUCGUCAGGCAGGACCAUUCCGGUGACGAAUGUUGAGCACAUCAUAGGGCCCUGCAUCAUGACAACGCCUUUGAGAGUAAAUCUUGCUGGGAUCGCAACCAUUUCAGACCUCGUUCGCGACAUCCAGGCCACAAAUCGCGACGCUCUACAACACGGUAUCUUGCCAUUGGCAGACAUCAAGAGAAUCGCAGGCGUGAAACCCGGAGAUGCGCUUUUUGACCUGCUGUUUGUUUAUCAAGAAUCUCUGUACAGUCAGCAAACAAAACAGGGGAUUGUGCGGGAAAUAUCUCAUCAGGACUUCCUGGAGACCAGCCUUCUUCUCGAAAUCGAACCUUCUGCCGAGGGCCCAGUCUGUCGUCUGACCUACCACACGAAUGCAUUUUCAACAGAGCAUGCCGAGAUGAUGACUGAGCAGUUGGAAUCGGUGGUUGCACACCUUGCGCUUCAGCCGGAAAGCCAAGUGGAAACCAUUGGGAAAUCACUUCCUCCAGAACUCACUUCCAUUUUCAGUGCCCAUCCUUCAACUCUCUCAACGAUCCCGGAUCUGGCGGCAAUUUUCGAGCACUCGGCAAGUGCCACACCAGAUGCUACAGCUAUACGAUUCGCAAGAUCUCUUGAGGUUGGAGAGGUCGACACAAUCUCGUACAGCAGCCUGAAUUCCUUGGCCAACAACAUCGCGAGGCAUCUUCGGGAGCGAGGCACGAAGGAGGGUGGCAUCGUGGGUGUAAUUAUGGAAAAGUCGAUCCAUCUGUAUGCCGCUAUGCUGGGCAUCCUCAAGGCUGGCUGCGCAUAUUUGCCCCUCUUACCCACCACCCCAGUUGAGAGAAUCCGAUUCAUUUUGACACAUGCUGAGGUCAGCAUCUGUAUAGCCGAUCCAGCCGUCUCAUCAAGUCUGCAUCACCUCUUCAGUUGUCAAUUCGUGGACACCCAGUCAAUCGCCACGUCCAACGUCCCGGAAAAUAAUUUCUGUCUGUCUCCAGCCCCUUCUCGGCCAGCGUAUGUCAUCUAUACCUCUGGAACCACAGGCACACCCAAGGGUGUGGUGGUCACUCAGAAGAACAUUGUGAGCAACCUCGACGUCUUGUCUAGAAUAUACCCCCAUAACAACACUUCUCGUUUUCUGCAAGCGUGUUCACAGGCGUUUGAUGUCUCGGUUUUUGAGAUCUUCUUCACUUGGAAGGUUGGAGCGUGUCUGUGUUCUGGUACAAACGAUACCCUUUUCGAUGAUUUGGAGCGCGCCGUCCAAACUUUGGAAUGCACCCAUCUCAGCAUGACCCCGACGGUCGCUUCUUUGGUCGACCCUAGCAACGUUCCCAGAGUCGAAUUCCUUGUUACUGCCGGAGAGCCCAUGACUGCCGUCGUGGCAAAGAAAUGGACGGGUUUGCUAUACCAGGGGUACGGCCCAGCUGAAACUACGAACAUUUGCACCGUCAAAAAAAUGAGGCCUGGAGACUUCAUCGACCAUCUCGGAUUCUCAUUCGAGAACACCUCAACUUUUGUUCUGGGCUCCGCAAUGACCGAACCGGUACCCAUUGGCUGUGUCGGUGAGCUCUGCUUUGGAGGAGAUCAGGUUGCAGCCGGCUAUCUGGGUAUGCAGGAUCUUACCGAGUCAAAGUUCCUCGACCACCCGCUAUUCGGUAGAAUCUACCGAUCAGGCGACUUGGGGCGGAUGCUACCAGAUGGUUCCUUGAUGGUCCUUGGUCGAAUGGACGACCAAUUGAAACUACGUGGACAACGGAUCGACACUGGGGAAAUUAGCAGCAUCCUCACAACCUCGACCCUUGCUACCUCAAGCGCAGUAGUCAUCAUCAGCAACACCAAUUCGCCCGCGUCUCACUUGACUGUGUUUUAUGUACCUUCUCAAUACAACCAUGAAGACUGGAGAAUUCUUCCUAUUGACGAAGGGCUGUUCGAAGUUAACAACACACUUCUCGGCCUUCUUCGGUCACGCUUGCCUAUCUACAUGGUUCCAAGCUACUUGGUCCCAAUCAGUUCCGUACCGUUGACAUCUAGUGGCAAGGUCGAUAGAGCCCGACUACAGGCAUCUUUCCGCGACUUGGGCCGAGAGUACAUCGACCGCGCUGCAGGCUCUCUCCAGCAGAAGGAAGACGAAAGCUUCUGGUCAAAAGAGGAACGAACAGUAAGAGCGGCUGUGUCACAGGCGACCAACGUAGCGACGGAUAACAUCGCUCGAUGGCAGCCGUUCGCUGCUCUUGGACUGGACUCGAUAGCUGCCAUUUCUCUCGCGAGGGCUUUACAAGCUUCUUUCGGUCGUAGAGUGCCGGUCUCAAUGAUCCUCCGGGCAGGAUGCAUAGCUCGCUUGGCUCAAGAGAUACUUUCUGAACCACCUGCACCAUCCUCGAACACAACCUCUAGCGCCUCAAUGUUUUUUCCUCAGGAAUUUGUUGACGAAGUCAGGCGAGAGUUCCUAGAAGAUGGCAAAUCCGUGUCUUCGGUUCUGCCGUGCACUCCGCUUCAAGAGGCAAUGCUUUCGUCGACGUCAGGAUCAUCCUACUCAAAUCAGAUGAUUUUCAAAUUACACAUUCCCGAUACAGUUAUGAAGGGAUACUGGGAGUAUAUGCAUCGACGACAUGGCAUCCUUCGGACCUGUUUCGUGUCGACAAGAGACUCAAGACGUGCCGUCGCACAAGUUGUGCUUCACGAAUCUGUGCCCAUGGCGUGGGAUCUGAUUGAGACCAGCUGCAUUGAAGAAGCAGCCAGCCAACACCUGCGAACGUUACCCGGUGCAGUGGAUUCGAAGAUGCCCCCACUUUCACUUGCUGUUCUCAAAAAAGGAGUAGAUUUUUUCCUCUCAUUUGCCUGUCAUCAUGCGCUUUACGAUGGCGUGGCAAUGGAGGUGCUACUGGCUGAGGUUGAGCAGCUGGCAGCCGGAAAGACUCUCCAAGCUCUCCUGGACUACAAGCCCGUGCUUGCUGAGGUUUUCAAGUCUCCUGACGGCACAGAUAGCUUUUGGAGGAGUCAUUUCAAUUCUUUCGUGCCCACACAGCAUGUUCUCUCAGUUGGGGGUUCGCAACUUCCUGGUAAAGCCACGACGAUUGUCACGUCAAAGCCGCUGGAUAUAUCACUCAGCCAAUUGCAAGCCAUAUGCAAGGCUUCCGGCGUUUCGAUAUUGUCCUACUUUCAAACUGCGUGGUCUGUGUUCCUGAGUCUGGUUUAUGAAGAGUCAGAUAUCUGCUUCGGAAAUAUCAUGAGUGGCAGGGCUUUGUCGGUGGACGGCAUUGACCGCUUAGUCGCGCCUUGUUUCAAUACUCUGCCUGUCAGAGUUGAAGUAGCGCCAUUAACGCAAAGCAUGACUCUUCUCAAGACGCUUCACAACAUAAAUCCUCUCCUGUUAGAACAUCAGUUCACUCCCUUGCGCUCGAUUCAGAAUCAAGUUUCGAAGAGCGGCAGACAGCUUUUUGACUCCCUUCUCCUCCUUCAACAGCCUAGGCCAGAUCGGGAUUCUUCUAUCUGGGAACUAGUUGAGGACAACGGAACCAUGGAUGUGCCUCUCGUUUGCGAAUUAAUCCCGUCCCCUGUCGGUGACUUGAUCAGUCGUAGUCCUUUCAUGACACCAGAAGCCGCAAUCGGACUGCUCGACACCUUUUUGCAAGUCGCCCAACACAUAGCGGUACACCCUGCUUCCAGUAUACCUACGCGAGAACAUUUGGGGCCAGAAACCAGGCAGGCUCUCGAAUGUCUCAAAGUUGAAAAGAUUUCAGAGGCAGUCGAGCAAUCGGACGCAGGAAUCACUUUCGCCACAGAGGAAUGGAGCACAGUCGAGGACCAGCUCCGAUCAAUAAUCUCUGAGCUCUCAAGGGUUCCAGCCUCGAAUAUCAGCAAAACCACAACUAUCUUCCAGCUGGGCCUUGACAGCAUCAAUGCAGUGCAAAUUGCAGCCAUGAUGCGCAAGCAAGGAUUGGAGUUGUCUGCCUUAGAUGUCAUCGAAUUUCCCACCUGUGCGAGAUUGGCAACUCGCCUACGGAACGGCUCCGCGCAGAAUACGAGUCAUUAUGACUUUGCGAAAUUUGAGCGAGAAGUCAGAGACUCUUCUUGGGCUGGUGAAUUCGACAAGAUCCUCCCAUGUUCGCCCUUGCAGUCCGCCAUGCUGAACGACUUUAUCAAGUCAGAGGGCAAAGAUUACCUUAACUACAUGUCGUUUGCACUCAACAAAGACAUAUCCCUGGACCGAGUUCAGAAUGCGUGGUCCGCUCUAUUCAAUCAUCACGACAUUUUGAGAAUUGGGUUUCUCCCCACACACCAUCGAGAUGCCUCUUUUGCAAUGGUGCAGAACCCAGCCACAAGCUGCCAUCUAUCUCUCACAACUCAUGAUAACGCGUCCGACUACUUCGGUGUCUCAAAGUGGAAACUAGACACUGCGCACAAUAUUUUGAACUCGAUGCAGAAGCCUCCUUGGGCCUUGGCUCUCGAAUCAGGCGCUUCAGGCGUUACAAUGCAUGUGAUCAUGCACCAUGCGCUCUACGAUGCAUACUCUUUGCAGUUGCUUCUCCGGGAUUUAUCGUCACAUCUUUCAGGAGAGCCCAUGUUUCAGCAUCCAUCCAUCGAGAAGGGUCUCUCGCAAAUUCUACAGGCUUCCCAUGAUAUCAGUCAAGCAGAAGCUUUCUGGAAGCAGAGGGCGCCUCAAGUCGUGGUCAAUCGUUUCCCAACCCUGACGCCACUUACGGAAAGGUCACCGGAGUUGCUCGUUCAAAGUCGUUUCUCCAGUCUGGAUUUUUCCCAAUUGGCCGAUAGCGCGCGGAUGGUCGGUGUCUCCAUCCAAGCUGUCCUGCAAGCCACUUGGACUCGGAUUCUUUCAGCAUAUCUAGGUGAAGAGGAUGUUGUGUUUGGUGUUGUCUUGUCUGGUCGCAUGAGCGAUGAAACAAAGAACGCCGUUUUCCCCUGUAUCGCCACUGUUCCCGUCAUUGCACAUAACAGAUCAUUGAACUCUGAACUUGUUCAACAGAUGUUUGACUACAAUAACCAGCUCCUCAAGCAUCAGAAUGCUCCUCUUGCACAAGUUCAGAGAUGGAUGGGAUACCCAAACACGAGAGCUUUUGACACUCUUCUUGUGUAUCAGCGAAUCCCGGUUGAUGACACCCCCAACUUCCCGUGGAAGACGGUCAGCGAUGAGGGCAACUUGGAUUAUCCAGUAUCGUUUGAGGUCGAGCCGCUCCACGGCGGAAAGGUCCAGCUGCGUCUCUCCUUCAGGACUGAUAUCCUGCCCAAAGCUCAAGCAGUCCACUUACUUGACCAAUUUGACGCCGUGCUGAUGCAUCUUGUCCAGAAUCCAGACAAGAGCGCAGACGACUUGUGGGUCAGCCAUCCGUCAAUUUUCUCCAUUACACCUCCCUUGGAGCCUACAAUCCCAUCCGAAGAACGGUUUCUCCAUAGCUUUGUCGAAACAAAAGCUGGGACUCAUUCUGACAAGAUCGCCUUGGAAUUCGUUACCGGUUUCAAUGGCGAAACUCCUAUCUCGAGACAGUGGUCGUUUCGAGAGCUCAACGAGAAAGGGAACCAAGUCGCAAAUAUCCUGUCACCUCACGCAAAGGUUGGAGAAACCAUUGCCAUUCAUUUUGAAAAGUGCCCAGAGGCCUGCUUUGCGAUUCUCGGUAUCCUCAAAUCUGGCUGCGCCUUCCUGGCCUUGGAUCCGUCGGCCCCGAAAGCGAGAAAGGAGUUCAUUCUCAAAGAUUCCGGCGCGCUGGCACUGCUGACCAGUGCAGAUAUCGACUUCUCGGUGGAGCAACCACUCAUUCAUAUUGACGAGAAUGCAUUGAAUCAACAGUCUAAACAAUUCAUUUCCCCCAAGGCCCUUAGCGAGCAAGACAAUUCUUACUGUCUGUACACAUCCGGCACUACUGGAACGCCCAAAGGGUGCGAAAUAACGCAUGAGAAUGCAGUCCAGGCCAUGAAGGCUUUCCAGAGGCUAUUUGAUGGACAUUGGGACAAGGCAUCUAAAUGGAUGCAGUUUGCAUCAUUCCACUUUGAUGUGUCUGUUCUGGAGCAAUACUGGAGUUGGUCUGUGGGGAUGACUCUGGUCGGAGCGCCCAGGGAUCUGAUCCUUGACGAUCUUGCCGGUACAAUCCGCCGCCUCAAUAUUACGCACAUCGAUUUGACGCCCAGCCUGGCACGUCUCCUUGAUCCGGCCGAGGUUCCAAGUCUCUCAAGAGGAGUCUUCAUUACCGGCGGAGAGGCUCUCAAGCAGGAAAUCCUUGACGUUUGGGGCCCUGUUGGAGUCAUCUACAACGCGUACGGUCCGACCGAAGCGACAAUUGGAGUCACCAUGUAUCAACGUGUACCUCAGAAUGGUCGGGCUUCCAAUAUUGGCAAACAGUUCGACAAUGUAGGAUCGUACGUGCUGCAGCCAGGCAAAGAUAUCCCAGUUAUGAAAGGCGGUGUUGGCGAGCUCUGUAUUUCCGGAAAACUCGUUGGCAAGGGCUACUUGAAGCGGCCUGAGUUGACUCAAGAGCGGUUCCCCUUCCUGGAGAGACACGGUGAACGUGUCUACCGUACCGGAGAUCUCGUCAGAGUGUUUCAUGAUGGCUGCUUUGACUUUCUCGGCCGUGCUGACGACCAAGUCAAGCUAAGAGGACAGCGUUUGGAAAUAGGAGAGAUCAACCAUUCCAUUCGCACUCGGGUCCGUGAGAUUAGCGACGUCGCUACUUUGGUGACCAAGCAUGGCAGCCUUGACAAAGAUCUUUUGGUCACUUUUUUCAGCUGCAAAUCAACAGAUGCGUCCAAGGAGGAGCUGCAGGUCCUUAGCGAAGCAAACACUGCCGGGCUUGUCCGUUCUGUCCAAAAAGCCUGCAGAGAUACUCUACCAGGAUAUAUGGUGCCUUCAUACAUCAUCCAGGUUCCGCGAAUCCCUCUUUCUCCCAACAAUAAGGCAGAUAUCAAACAGCUUAAUCAAGUUUUCCGCGCGCUUACCCCCGAGAAGCUGGUCAAGCUGUCGCUAUCUCCAACAGCAACUUCUGGGCCAAUUAAUGAUACCCAGCGGCUGGUCCUGUCAACAAUGAAAGAAUUUUUGGGCGAGAAAACAAGUAUAUCUCUGUCUAGCAACAUUUUUGACCUUGGCGUCGACUCUAUCUCAGCUUUGCGAAUGUCACGACUAUUGCGCCAGAAUGGUCUCGCGGGCGCCUCGCCACAGGUCAUUCUGCGAAAUCCGGGCCUAGGGGAUCUGGCCGAAACUCUGCAAGAGAUUCAGUCCUCGAAUGAGAGCAGCACUGUUCAAGAGGCACGCCAACUGAUUCAUGCUUUUGGACACAGAUACCGAUCUUUAGCCGUCCAGGAGCUUGGGUUGAUACAAGACGAGGACAUCGAGUACGUCGCACCGUGCACGCCUCUUCAAGAGGGAAUGCUCUCGCGAUUCAUGUCAGAUCAGGAUGAGGGAGCUUACUUCACUGCAUUCCGCCUCAAGCUUGCGCCGGCAGUUUCCAUUGACAGACUCAAAAACGCUUGCGAGAAAAUGGUAGAAGCUCAUGCAAUCUUACGAACCAGCUUCAUCCAGACACCCGCUGGUUUUGCUCAAGUCGCAGUCAAGUCCGCGCAGCUUUCAUGGAAAGACCUUCGGGAUCGCAGUCCGGCCGAGAUUGAGCCACUACUUUCUGUGUCUCUUCCAGACCUCAUACAUCAGAACAGCAGGAAUGUCUCGAAUCCUUUGGAGCUGAUCGUGACUCAAAUUGGCGGGGAGACUGUUCUCGUCGUCCACAUCUUCCAUGCGUUGUACGACGGCUCAAGCUUCGAAUCUAUGCUUCGAUGGGUCUCUGCCGAGUAUUUGAACAAAGAGCACGAGGCACCGCCAUCGUUCCUUGACACCCUUGCACACGGACCCUUGGCAAACUACGAUUCUAGCCGCCAAUUCUGGGUUGACCACCUGAGAGAUUGCGCCUUCGAUACCCUUCCUAGACUGCGCUCUGGAGAUGCUGCUGCUGUUAUUACGAAGACAAAAACUUACUCAGCACGUAAUCUGGAGACAUUGCGCAGGUCCCUUAAUGUGACUCUACAGUCAGUUGUGCUUGCCCUAUGGACCUCCGUCUUCAAGAAACACUUCCCGGGCAACGCCGGUACUGGAGUAAUCGUGUCUGGCCGAUCUAUCGAUAUGGACCAAGUCGAGAACACCAUUGGACCAUUGUUCAACACACUUCUCUUCUACGCCGGUCUCAGGGAAGGUGAUACGUGGUUGUCUCUGAUCCAGAAAUGUCAUGAGUUCAACACCUCCGUGCUCCAGUUCCAGCACGUGCCGCUACGCAACAUUCAAAAGUGGUGCACCAAAUCUAGAGGCCGUCCCAUCUUUGAGAACCUCUUUGUUUUCCAAAUUGAGGCUCCUCGCUCCACGGAAUUGUCUGGCAUGUGGUCCAUCAUGGAUGAUUACAGCGUGUCUGAUUAUCCUCUGGCUUUCGAAGCUUCGGCGACCCCGGAUGGACAGUUGCGCAUCCAAAUUGUUGCGCACCGAGAUAUUGCCGACGAAACGACGCUGAGCUCUUUAUUCGAAGAGAUUGACGACGCCAUGGCCGAUGUGAUAUCGAGGGGCACCCAUUCUUUGCCUGUCACCGAAAAUCCAUCGAGGGAGGCUUCAACAGCAGCAUCUCCGCGAACACCGUUAACUUCAAGACCAGAGUCCAUCGACGGUGAAAUCUCGAAAGAUUUCCAGUUAGAUUUGACCUUGUCAGACUUUGACUGGAAUUCAUCAGCUUUGGCUUUGAGAAAGGAGAUCGCUGCCCUAGCUGGCGCUUCCGAGGAAAGCAUCACAGAAAACAUGGCGCUGCUUCAGCUGGGUCUCGACAGUAUCGAUCUCGUCAAACUCUCUGCCCGACUCAAGCACAACGGUUACGAUCUCACCUUAUCUCAACUCAUGCGAUCGCAGACUAUUGCUGCCAUGUCCAAGAUCUUGAACAACAAGAGGGCAACUUCAGCUGAAGCUGAUGAUCAAUCAAGCUUUAAUGCGCUUAAGGAGCGGUUGUGGAAGGCUGUGGAGUCCACUCGAUUCAAUCUUGAAGACGCAGAGGCUGUUUUGCCGCCUACCCCUCUACAGGAGUCUAUGAUGGCAGACAUGCUGCAAUCGGACUUUGGCCAGUACUUCAAUCACGACAUCUUAGAGCUAGCGGAUGGACUUGAUCUUGAAAGAUUCGAAAUAGCUUGGAAGCAAACUGUUGAGCGCUCGCCGAUCCUGCGAACGGUAUUCGUUCCGAUUGAAGACCCGAAGUUGGAGCAGACUUUCGCUCAAGUUGUGCUGAAGUCAAAUUUGCCGACUUUGGACAAAUUUGAAGCGAUUGAUCAGACUGAACCACAGGAUAUCAUCAAACUUCACAAAAUCAAUGCUCAGUCUGCUUGUGGGCAAGGCAACUUACUCCAACUUUCUCUCCUAUCCACUAGUACAAAGCUGCUGCUCAUUCUGUCGAUCUCACACGCUCUGUACGACGGCUGGUCAUUGGCUUUGCUUCACCAAGACGUGGCUGCCGCCUAUCAAAGGCAGUCACUUGAACGUCAGCCUACGGAGCCCUUCCUGCGAAACCUUGUUAAAACGCCAACGGAUCAGGCACGAAUAUUUUGGUCUCACUAUCUUGCAAACACCCAACCAUCUCUGCUGUCCAACAGGAUCCCCGCGGGCGAACCAUUCAGAAACAUUGCUCACCGGACGGAGGCCGUUUCGAGCGUUAGACACGACCAAGCCAUGGCAUUCUGCAAACGCCAUGCCGUCAGCUUGCAAGUGCUGGGCCAAGCCUGUUGGGCAUCGGUAAUUGCAACCCUGCUCCAGACUCUUGAGGUCACGUUCGGCGUUGUUCUUGCUGGACGUGAUUCCGAACAAACACAAGCUCUCAUGUUCCCAACGAUGAACACCGUAGCAGUUCGUUGCUUCCUUCACGGCUCAACCACAGGUUUCUUGCGCUACCUUCAGGAGGCGAUGGGUGAUAUCACAGAGUUCCAGAAUUACCCUCUGCGGAAAGCCCAGAGUAGUGUUGCGGGUGGGCGCCUCUUCAAUACCCUUUUCAUCCUCCAGAAAAGUCCCGACUCAGGAUCGGACAAUCUCAUCAUGAAGUCGAUUCAAGGGUCUUCCGCAACUGAGUUUGCCGUCUGCGCUGAGCUAGAAGUCGCUUCCGAGACACUUGUCUGGCGCAUUGCUGGACAGGAUGCUUUUGUGUCCGAGAAAAUGACGAAUCAGCUGAUUCAUCAGCUUGAGAGAGCUAUGAGAUUCAUCAUCGACACACCUGACGACAACCUUCUCUGCUUUGAGGGGGACCAUGUUUCGAUCUGCCAACUGCCGAAAUUCCACCCUAAAACACUGACGAGCUCAUCAUCGGGACCAACCCCAACAACGAAGGCAGUUAGAGAUGAUGGCGAUUGGACGAUAAACGAGAGCACUAUACGAAAAGUGCUCUCACGAGCAGCAGAUGUAGAAGUCGAGUCGAUCAAAAAGGGCCACACCCUGUAUCAUUUGGGUCUAGACUCUAUCAGCGCCAUCAAAGUCGCCACGCUUCUGCGGAAGGAGGGUCUCAAUCUCGGAGUUCGCACACUGUUGACUUCCGGCUCGAUCAAAGAGAUGGCGCAGCAUGCCCAAGCUACUCCUACCAAUUUCGAUGCUACACCCGAACUACAUUAUAUCGCCUCUGGAUAUGAGCUUCCAUCCUCGAUCAACAUAUAUGUGUUGCUUUCUACUGCUGGCUUGGCCAAGUCUCAUGUCGAGGAGAUUUUGCCUCCGCUACCGAUGCAAGUCUACAUGAUUUCUGCGUGGCAAAAUGCACGUGGCCGAGUAUUCUAUCCCGACUUCUUUUACCGCCUCAAGGGACCUGUCACCAUCAGCCAGCUGCAGUCAGCAUGGGAUGCCUUGAUUGACUCUGAGCCAAUGCUCCGAACUUGCUUGGUCGCUACCGGCGAUCGAUCACUGCCAUUCGUUCAGGUCAUAUUGCAACCUGGCUUUAAUGGACCUCACAGACGGGUUCUUGUUGGUGGUCAGAUUUCCAAAACGACAUCAGAACAGUGCCACCCGCAAGCACAACUCAGUGCGAAGCAGGAAGACGACAAGUCAUGGACACUGAAGUUAAGCAUUCAUCAUUCACUUUACGACGGCUUCAGCCUGCCGGCUCUCGUGCAGAAGCUGCGGGCAACAGUUCAGUCGCAAGCUUCUGUAAUGUCAGUAAAGAUGGAUUCAUGGAGGCUCUUCCUCGCUUCACAUCACGGUGAAGAAGUCAAACAACGCAACAAGGCAUUCUGGUCCAAAUACUUGGAAGGUGUUCACCAGACGCCGAGCCAGAAUCCUGAAGACAGUUCAGACGCCUCAAACCGAGUUUUUCUCCUAAAACGCUCAGUCGUCCCGGCACUCGGACGCGUUCAAAAGUCUUGUUCCCUGGCCGGUGUGGGCCUCCCAGCACUUUUCUUCGCUGCAACAGCCAAAGCACUCCAGAAAUGCAGGAGUUGGCAGAAACAGGAGAUCGUCUUUGGUAUCUAUUACGCUAACAGGUCGUCGACCGAGGGAUUGGAGACCACGUUCCCCACGCUCAACUUGGUACCGCUCAAGGUUUCUCUUGCAGACGAUCUCGACAUCCUGAAGACCGCCAAGCAGGUCCAAGAUGACUUGCAUCUCAUUUCCUUGCAUGCAACUGUAGGUCUAUGGGAGAUCAAAGAUUGGACUGGACUAGAAAUCGAUUGCUUCGUCAACUUCCUCCACCUCGGCGAAGAGAGCAUCGAGAUGGUAGAGGGCAGCGAUAUUUCGCUCGCGCCGAUUUCCAAUCCCGGCGAGACUGGAGAGUAUUUGAACGCACUCGGUAGUGAUAGCAGCAGAGAAGACUAUUCGCAGCGCUGGCUGCAGAAGAAUGCGGUCCGAGAUGUGUUCCCGGACACACUUGAUGUCGAGGCUUCAAUCAAUGAAGGAGCAAUGGACAUCGGAGUCUUUGGGGCCUCGGCGAAGGUUUCUGAAAGUACUGCCAAUAAGUUGAUUGAUGUACUCGGUGGUAUCCUAAAGGCUUUGUGA